UCUCUUCCUAUCUAUGAAAUGUGUGUAUUUUUUCCUAUAAUAACUUUUUUUUCUUCUUCAUUGAUUUACAAGAUAUGAGCUUUAUUUAAUUCAACAAUUUCAUAAAUCUAAUGCCUUCUCAUGAUUUUCCUACAAUAUUGUGGACGUGUUGUUGGUGGUGGCAAGAGUAAUAUUAGUGACAAUUUGGUCAAUUCUUCGAACCUUCAAGAUUUUUCAAAGUCGAAGAGAACAAUAACAACAACAAAAAGAAGACAAUCAAUUCUAGAAUAAUCUUGCGAGUCCUUUUAGAAUCUUCUAGAAACCAAGGAAUACUUGCAGAUACUUUAGUGAAAAGCUAAAUGGAUUCAUUUACCACAACUCCUGUUCCAACUUCUGACAUUCCAAUUAAUCAAGGUAAUAAUCGAUCGAUGAAUCGUAGGCUUUCUGCCCGUUUUCCUUCAUACAAAGAUGCCACGUACUCUGAUGACACAGGUCACGAAUUUGGGCCGAGGAGCAGGACGUUGAAUAGAAAUGCAAGUAAAGUUCAUAGAGGAAGCGCGAAGUUUGACCCUUCAAUGUCUAUAAAAAGAUCAUUCACGAGUAGUGAAUGCGAAAAGGAUGAGUCAGAGGAAGAGGAAAAUGAGGAAGAGAGCGCGGAAGAAGGAAAGGAAGCAAAUGAAGGAGAGGAGCCGGUUAGAAUGUCAUUGAUGGCAUUGUUAGCAGAGUCAGAAGGGUCAUCAUACAUGAUGGGAGAGGAAGAGGACGAGGACGAGGAUGAGGACGAUGGUGGUGGUGAUAUUAGUGGAGAUAACUUAAAUAAUUGUUGUGUUUGUCAAGUUAGACAUAAAGGUGCUGCAUUUGUACCUUGUGGACAUUCAUUUUGCAGGUUAUGUUCAAGGGAACUUUGGGUUGAAGGAGGUAAUUGCCCACUUUGCAACAACUUCAUAUUGGAAAUUCUUGACAUUUUCUAAUCACUUCAUCAAUAUUGAUCAAAUUUCCAUUUAGAUAUGUGUUGUUAUUUAUUUUCAUUUUUUUAGAAAAAGGAAAUUCCUUUUUUGUUUUACAGUUAGUCUUAUUUGUUGGAGUCAGAAAUGUAUCUAGUAUUUGAAGUUAAUGAAUACAUAGUAUUGCAUGAACAUAAAAU